AUGUCGAUUGCUAUAAAGGCGAAAGCAGAUGAUCCAAAGGAUAAAAGGGAGACGUUAGGAGGAUAUCCCGGUGCGGGUCAUUCGCAGAGCUAUCAGUCUCCAGCAUACGGCCAUGAAGAUGCGAGUGCAAUCAGCGUUGGUGCAGGCUACAGCAUAGGCGGAGCGAAGCCUAGCUAUAGCUUCGGCGCGCAAGCCUCAGGAUCAGGAUACCAGUUAUCAUCAGAGAGCUUACCUUCGGGUGGGCACAACACGUUACAACUUGCUCCCAUUACGUUGCAGCCAAGCCACGGUUCUUUAGUUGGCAAUGAUCUUUCACAAUUGAUGAGUCAAAUAUCGCAGGGUAUAAAUUCUGGAGCAAUUUCCUUACAGUCGUCUGGUCACGGUGGUUCUUAUCAAUUAGCCAAUUUAGGUUCACAUGGCGGCCAAGAAGUCUCAUUGCCUCAAUACUCAUACGGUGCACCAAAGUUGCAACAGCAGUUUGCUCUCUUUGAACAAGCACAACAACAAGUUCCAUCAUACGCGGCAGGCACGAAGGGUCUCAGCUCCUACAGCUCUACCGGCCCCGUGUUGUUUACUCCGUCUGAAUCCCACUCUAAUCAGCCAUCGUUAUCUUAUGGAGGUCCAAGUUCUAGCCAUGGCAUUGGCGAUUCCGGAUCGAUUUCCUUUGGGAACGGUGGACACUCUUUAUCUGGAUUUGCUUUAGGUAAUUCCGGUCACGCACUAGGUGGGCACUAUAGCACUUUAAGCGGAGGUUAUGGUGCUCCUGGAAAAACAUCUUUCAAGCCCUCUGCUUUCUUGGGUGCUUCCGUUCAGAGCGAUGGUGGCCAUGGGCUAUCCGGAAUCUCUGGAUCAUACGCUGCACCAUCUUUCAGCGGCUCUCACUUGGCAUCGGGUCCUCAUGGAGGUUUUACACUUAGUUCUGCUGGUCAAGGUGCAAGUUUUGGAGGCUCUUUAGGUAAUUUCGGUGGUAGCUCAUCGAAAUAUAUCGCACCGUCAUACUUACCCGCUAAAUCUGAAGGAUUUGGAUCUCUGGAAUCAAUUGCUGCUUUCUCCUCUGGUGGUCAUUUGGGAUCUCCUCCUGCAACAACUUACGGUUUGCCAUCAAGUUCUUACGCACAGGCGUCUUCUAAUAGCCCUCAAUAUUACGUUACAUCUUCGAAACACUCGCUGCCUAGCAGUUUCGGUAGCGGCUCUUCUUACCGAGGACCUUCCUCCGGUCACGGUUCGCUGAGUUCUUAUUCAUCAGGCCCUAAAUACAGCUUCGGCGGCUCUGGUUCCCGUUACGGAUCGCCAAAGGAUGCACAUGGCGCGUACAGUGAAACCUCAUACAAUACAAUUAAGUACAGUGAAGAGCUUAAGCCCCGCAAUCAU